CGGUGGAACGGCGCGGCGAUAAGGUCGAAAUCAGUAUGGAGAUUCGAGAGAUUUUCGGCUUUAGUGAACGGAAAGCCCAGGAGCUCGACCGGAGUGUGCGACGGCCUUAAUACAUACUCGCCGCCGGUGCCGGGCGCACGCACUGCGGCCGUGUCUGUGUUUCCAAAUUCGAGCGCGAUUCCAAAUUUGAAAAAAAUCUCGAACUCUGGUAUUUUUAAAAAAAAAAGUAAAUCCCGUUCCGUUCGUAGAAUAGUUUUACUUUUAUUUUUUAUUUUUCUUUCGAUUUCGCGGGUUCUGUUAUGCGGACUUUUUGUAUUUUUUUCUAAAGAUGGAAAUUAGUGCAAUGCCUCCGAUGCCGUUGGACUUUUCCAUGGUGAGAAGCGGAAACGGAUCGCCUGCUGGUAUUCGAGAGUCAUCUCCGAGACCGGUAUCCAAUAGCGCUUUCAGAGUUGUCACACCUAAAGGUGUGUCAGCGAGCGAAGCGUUAAGGAAUGGCCUGUGCCAAUCUCUGUGGGGAGCUCCAGCCAACCGGCCCGAGCCAAGGCUGGCAUCCCCUCCUCCCAGCCAAUGCCAAGACUCAUACCAUAGAGACGAAAUCAAAUUCGGCAUCAACCGUUUGGUCGGGGACAAGACGAACGACGAAGAAGACGAACCGCACCACAAUGAAAUCACGAGGACUGAAAAUGUAUCUCCUGGAUCGCGAUGCGAAAGUCCUUGCUGGGCGCCAUCGCCACAAUCUCCGAGAUCAGUGCGCUCCACCUCGCCCGAACUCGAAGUGGAUUCACCUCCGUCGUCGCCUAGAAGACCACCUGACUCCUCAUCACCCCCAAAGAGAUCGGAAGCGUUUUCCAUGAGCGUCCUCCUCAGGCCAGACGCUCCGCGUGUGCAACCACAAAGACCUUACUUAUACAAUCCACUGCCUUUCGCGGAAUUCCUGAGGGAUAACUCGAGUAGUUUAAGUUUGCCUGGAUGGGGUGGAUAUAGCAACUUGUACCUUCACGCUAUGGCUACGCCUGAGCUCCUCAGGUUGCGAGCAGCAGUGCUUGGUGCUCAAGGUCCAUUGUCGAGGCCCUUGCCGAUUGGAGACGUAUACUCUUGUGUUAAGUGUGAGAAAAUGUUCAGUACACCUCAUGGACUGGAAGUGCAUGCCCGGAGAUCACAUAAUGGAAAACGGCCGUUUGCUUGUGAACUGUGCAGUAAGACAUUCGGACACGAAAUCAGUCUCAGCCAACACAGGGCGGUGCACAGCGUCGAAAAGGUGUUCGAGUGCAAGCAGUGCGGGAAGACGUUCAAACGCUCCAGCACAUUGUCCACACACCUGCUCAUCCACUCGGACACUAGGCCGUACCCCUGCCAGUACUGCGGCAAGAGGUUCCAUCAGAAGUCGGACAUGAAGAAGCACACUUACAUUCACACCGGAGAGAAGCCGCACAAAUGCCAAGUCUGCGGCAAAGCGUUCAGUCAGAGCUCCAACCUGAUCACUCAUUCGCGCAAGCACACUGGGUUCAAGCCGUUUGCGUGCGAAUUAUGCGGUCGAGCGUUCCAGAGAAAGGUGGACUUACGACGGCACCGCGAGACGCAGCAUGCGGACCUUAGGGCACCACAGGCGCACAUGCAACCGCCACACACUGACGUGCAUGCCAUGCAUGCGCCCGAGAUGCACGCGGUCACAGAUCAUAGAAUAGAUCUCCGACCGCCCCACGCAGAGCUCAGGGCCCCGCACCCGGACUUCAGGGCCCCGCACAUGAGCACCUCCGUGCCGCCCUUGCAAGCGCUCCCUUCCUGAACGUCAACAGCCUUCGCGCCUUCUACCUGGCGCUGAGGCAAUCACGACCUUAACAUAAGAAUACAGAGUCCACUCUCUUACUAGCAAUGUAAAUAUAACAGCCAUAUAUUGUUAUAAACUUCCAUGGUCACUAACACUCUAGUAAUUUAUAUAAUUAACGGGAUUUGUACCAUGUAUCUUGUUUCUUACGAGUCUCUGAUAUUUCGGCACUUAUGCACAAAACGGGACAAACAAAGUACAUGGGAACAAUCCCGUUAAUAACAUAAAAUACUGUAAUAUAACAACCGUACCUAAAAUCACUUUCACCUAAAAAUAAUUUUCUUCAUACGUGAACUGUAUUGUGAUGAUUCUUAAAAUAAAAAGUCAUCUAAUUUUUACUUACAACUAUCAAAAGAGUGACGUUUCUGGGAGUAUACUUUUAUAUACUUUGGUGAAUACUUUUCUAUGCAAGGGUCAUCACAACAUUGUUUCCAAAUCAAAAACAACAAAUGGUUUGUUAUUUUCUUUAAAUAUUAUAAUGCAGAUGUUCUAGAUUUAUUGAAAACGUCACAAUUAUUAUUCCAAAGCAAAUAAAACUCAAUUUAUUUAUAUAGAUUUAUGAUUGUAUUAUAAAGCUUGUUAUUGUGAGUUUUUGAUCUCAUUUUA